GGCCGGCCCGGGUGAACAGCGGCGGCCGUGGCGGUGAGCGCCCAGGGGGUGUCAGCUCCCAGCCCCUCGGCCGCCGGAGCGGGCACGAAAGCGGGAGCACGGCUGGCAGGCAGCGCCCCGGCGGGCCCGGCGCCGGCCGGCGCGUCUCAGUAGAGAAAAUCAUGUCAGGAAGAACAUCGUCUUCAAGCCAUGUCAGUUGGAGAUUAAGGGCCAGCUACAGAAAUCCUUCCACAAAAGGGAGAAGGCAAAGGGACCGUGACAGACACAGCUCUAACGACGAAGAAUCAGUUGGGCAACCCAAAGUUAUCUUGACGAAUGUCCUGAGGACGAAACUAGGAAGAAAGUACACACAGGCGCAACCUAAAACUGGUGCUAAUUUUUCUGAUGCUGGCAAGCUGCAGGCAGAUCUACCACCCUCAUCAUCUACUGCCAGCCUAAAGAUAUGGCAGAUUUUAAACCCUACUCUCCAAAGUCUUUUGCUAUCUAAAAGGCAACCCAAAGUUAUCUUGACGAACGUCCUGAGGACAAAAAUUGGAAGAAAGUACAUAGACAACCACGUAACAAUUGAUGCAAAUUUACCAGCUGCUGACAAAUUGCAGUCGGGUCAACUACCCUCAUCAUCUGUUGCCAGCCUGCAGACAUGUCAAAUAUUAAGUUCUCCUCAUGAAAGUUCUUUUCUGUCUGAAAGGUCUGAACGUUGUCUGAGAAAGACAGAUGAUGAGCUGUGUAAAUUGACCAAAUCCUCUAAGGAACCAGGAAAAACUAAUGCUGUCACGUUAAGAAGGCGGGAGCUGCAGAAGAAAGAUGCAGAAAACAAGCACUAUGAUGAACUGGAGAGGAGGAGCAGACAGAUGAACAGCACUACUCUUAGUCAGAAGGACUCGGGCUCUUUUGAUUCUGAGAAAAGGAAAAGAAGACACAGUGGCCAUAUUUCUGAUGAUUGUAAUGCACACAUUCCAGAAAAAUCACUUGUACUCUCUGAAAAGCAAAGUUUGAGUUCAACUCCUGGCUGCAAAACACCCUGUGAGGAUGGACAAGGUGACAGGUCUAAUGCUAUUCUGGUGCUGGAUUGUACUACCCAGCCAUUAGAGAGAGACUCUAAAGACACUUCCACGCACAACCACUUAAGGCCUGCUCACAGCCGCACAGAGGAGUCUGGCUCAGAGUCUUCUCCCAGGAAGUUGUCAGAGAAGCAGCCUUCUGCCACCAGCGAGGACGUGAUUGUACCACGAGUUAGUACAAUCAGGAAAUUAAAGAUGGACCCAUCUCAGUACCUGAGCAAACUGCGGAACAGAAUCUGCAGGGGUAAUCAGCAACUUGUUUCCAUUGACCCAAUCGUCCUUUCCAGUGAUGAUGAAGAUUCACCUGCUGAACCACAGUGCACAGAGCUGAUGCAGGAUGGUAUCACUGAAAUCAAAGAAACAGACCAACAGUCUGACUUCUCAGCUAAGCAACUGGAAGACAAGAUGGAAAGCCACAAAGAGCAGUUUUUAACAGAGUCGAUGGAAGAUAAAUGCCUGAUUGCCUUACCUUCUGAGAGAACACCUAGAAAACAGAAUAACCCAUCGCUGGAUGUUACAUUUGAUAGUCUGUACAUUGGGAGAUUUAAAUGCUUAUCAGUAGGUCCUGCUAGGUUUACAGCAAAGAAUAUUGUGAUCCCACUCCAGGUGGCUCUCAAUAAGAACAUUAAGCUGACAGUGGAUACUCUGGAUCUGAGAAGGUUUGGCCUGUGGAGAAGUGAUGGUGACUGUUCUUCAACAACUAUUAUUUUUCUUUGGUUGUCUGUGGAUUAUGUAGAAAACAUGGAAACCCAAUUGGGAAAGUCAGUUAUCAGCAAGCCAUCUGAACCUGGUGAAUUUGUAUUUCUUGAAUUGUCCCAACCACUCAGAGAAUGGGAAGAAGACAGACUGACUGAACUGAUUACAAGUGUGAGCAAGAAGAACAGAGCACCAGAUCUCGCGGAGUUUUUGUCCUUGAAGCAAGCAUUUCCCUUGUUUAAGGAUCUUUCUCCUGAAGAAAGCUCUUUCAUGAGUUACCAUAAGGAUCUACUAAAGCAAUAUAUGCCAAAAAAGAGUACCUCAGAUGCUCCUGAACCUGCAGUUCAGGAAUCAAAACUAAAAGUGGUCAGACCCAGUUAUGCACUUGCAAGUAAGCAGAACUGUGGUUGUUAUUCUAUCUCUUUGUCCUCUACACUGAAUGAAGAAUGGAAAGAAGUAAGAGAAACAGGAGCACUUAAGAAUUUAAUUGUUUACCCACCCCCACCUGCAAAAGGAGGACUGGGAGUCACAAGAGAAGACUUAGAGUGCUUAGAAUAUGGGGAAUUUCUCAAUGAUGUCAUCAUUGAUUUCUAUCUUAAGUACCUGUUGUUGGAGAAGGUACCAAAACGUCUUGCUGACCGUACACACAUUUUUAGCAGUUUCUUCUAUAAGUGCCUGACCAGGACAGAAAAAACCUCUGAGGGGGAUGUCAAAGUUUCAGUGGCACAGAGAAGGCAUAGAAGAGUAAGAACAUGGACUCGUCGUAUAAAUAUCUUCAGUAAAGAUUAUAUCUUUGUGCCUGUGAAUGAGGAGUCUCAUUGGUACAUUGCAGUUAUCUGUUUCCCUUGGUUAGAAGAAGCCGUGUAUGAGGAGUGUCCCCAUCAGAAUUCUCUAUCUCACCAGUCUCCACUUCGGUCAGAGAGUGAGAACACUAGACCUGGUUCAGUGUUCUUCAAGGGUGAAGAAGAAAUGGAUUCUAACAGAAUUUUAUUCUCAAAAGGUGGCAAUGAAAUUGCUGCUGCUGCUUCAGUUCUAGAUUCAGCUAUUUCUAAAAUCUCCCUAAGUAAUUCCAAAAGGCAGAUUUGUAAAAGGCCUUGUAUACUCAUCUUAGAUUCUUUGAAAGCUGGUUCUGCGCAGAAAACAGUUCAGGUUUUGAGAGAGUACCUUGAAAUGGAAUGGGAAGCUAAGCGAAAAACACAUCGGGAAUUCAGUAAAUCAACAAUGAUUGACCUGUGUCCCAGAGUGCCUAAACAAGAUAACAGCAGCGAUUGUGGGGUCUAUUUGCUGCAAUAUGUGGAAAGCUUUCUCCAGAACCCCAUAGUUAACUUUGAAGAGCCAUUGCAUCUGGAGAAUUGGUUUCCUCGUCAGCUGAUCAGAAACAAAAGAGAAGAAAUUCGUGACCUGAUCUUGCAAUUGCACUUUCAACAGCAUAGUGGCAGCAGCAGCUAAUAAAUCUAAUAAGGCAGACCUGGUAAAGGACAUUGCUGUAUAAAGUAACUGGAACUCUGCCUAGCAGCACUUGAUCUCUCCCUGCCUUGCAAGGAACACAAAAAAACCCCAGAAGUAUUUUUUGUUCAGCAUGUAUUUAUUUAAAGAUAUUUUUUUCAAUGGUGUUGUGUGGUCUUAGAAUGCUGGGAGGGGGGAAGGGAGGAGGUUGUAGCUAAGAGUGUAAAUAUAAGUUAAAGCUAAUGCACAUGGAUUGCUAGUUGAACUUUUGUUUGGCAUAUAAAAACUGCUUACAGGUAUGUGCCACAAGGAUAUAAAAAUACUUUCAUCUUUUGGAGCCUCUUCUUUAUAAUUCUACAUAAACAUGAAUGGUAUAUAAACAUGGAGUUGGCCCUGACGACAGGAUUUUGAUCCUAUAUGUGUCUUUUGAUUUUGCAACUGAUACAAAUAGAGUGAAUACUAUGUAUUGUUUUAAUUUAAGGAUGUAAUAUUGACUCUCUUUAGAGAUUUAUGUUUUUGUUUUGUUUCGGAUUAUAUACAGACAUAAUCUGCAUGUGUCAGAAAAUGAGUUUUUGUUAUAUUUUUUAUAAGCAUUAUUUCCCUCCCUGUCAUUUUCUUCAUAAAAAUGAGUUUCCAGGAGUGGAAGACAUUUACUUGAGAGUGACUGUUGAAAUACUCUAGAGUGGAUUUUUUUAAGUAUUUUUAAUUAUUUUUUUUCUUAUCAAAUUUCAGAAGACAACUUGCUCGCAAAGUACAUGCCAAUACAGUAUGUGAAAGCAGUAGAUUUUUAAUGCUGUUCACCUGUUUUUUGGAAAUAAUUUCUACAAAUCUUAUAGCAUCACCUGCAUUAGCAAGGCAAGCAGGCUGUGGCUUAACAGCCUCAAAAGUCUGAGGGGUUUUACUGAAAAUUAGGGUCAAUAUAUGUGUGUGAUAUGUCUUUAAGAUAUGUGAUUUACAUAUAAGACAAACAGGAUUUACACUUAGCUUAAGAGAACUGCAUAAAGAUGCCUGAAUAUUGAGCGCCUGAACUCAGACUUGAUUGGAUAAACUAGCACAAGUUUAUCAGUCUGCCUACAUAUUUAUGUAGUUUUUCCUCAAAUAGCAAUCACAUAAAAUUUCAGUAACAUUUUGAUGUGCACACUUUUUUCUGUACUUACUGCACGAUAGAAGGUGAUUGUUUUUAGAGGACGUUUUCUACUGUUCCCCACUAUAAGUUUAAGUGUCAUCUCACCCUUCAGAAGGUGUGCCAGAUAACCACCAAAGCCACCUGUGUCAUGAAAUAAUCUACAAAAGCAGAGCUCUUAAAGCUGGAAGUAGGAUAGGGAGUUAAAAUAAAAAUUGAGGGCAACCCAAAGAUAUGAAGAUUUUUAUAUCACUGCAGAAUUCUCAGGGCCCCUUCCCUCAAAACAACUCUGAAACUGAGCAUUUGGAAAAGCCAGUUAUUACUUCAGGUCCUGUACAGUCAUCCAACACCUCCCCUACACCCCCUUAUUGUUUCUCAAACCAGGAAGUAUUCUUGCUGGAGCAGAGAGGCAAUUUGAAAACAAAGCAAUUUGCUGAACGCAGUUACCUUCUGUAUAGCUGUGAGCAGCCUAGUACAAUUACUAUUUGUUUUUUGUCUUUGUUUCUGCUUUAAUUCUGUAAUGUGUCACUACCCGUCCUCCCCUCCACCCCCAAACAUCUCUCACUCUCAUCACGGUGUUUGUGUUGUUCAGUACCAAAAUCACAACACCAGCAUUACUUACAAGGGUGAUGUAUGUAUUUAUUGUAAAACAAAUGAAAGAUAAAAUGCAGAAAUACGUGCCCUUUUUUAAUUGAUGAAUAUUUUCAGUGUUUCCUUAUAAAAAAUAGUUUGGGCUUUUUCUUAUGGUAAGGUUAGCUUUUAUCAUCAAGUGAGACUUGUUCUCUUUCAGGUUGACUGGUUUAUAAAUGUUUAAAAGCAAAAGUAAUGUUUAAAAUUUUCUAAAUUCAUUUUAUAACAUGAAAGGAUUGCCUUUUUAGAUUUGCUACAUGCGUGCUACAAGAAUGCCAAUGCAUUUGAUAUUAAAAUUAUCUCCAGAAGUUGCUGAAUGUGAUUGUUCUUUUCCCAGCUGCCACAAAUAACCCAUGAGCUAAGUGAAAGAUAGGCCGUCUUGCUACUUUUAAGGUAUAUGCACAGGAUGGGUCCCUGAACCCCAGUGUGUCUCAAAGGAAUUGUGGGACCACCCAGCCUGUUCCAGCCAUUUGCAUUUACCAGGAACGUGGUAAAUGCUGGGAAGUGUCUGUGGAAGAAGUUACACUCCAGGUAUUUUAGUGCUUCCUUUUUAUUUGCUAACAUGCCCCAAAGUUAAGUUUUAUCAUGUGUAAGGCACCAGACUGGCUCAGGGACCUUUUUGCACAACCCCUGCGUUUCCAUUGCCUGUAUUAACCCCUGUUUAACUGAAAUGGUGGAGUGACAUGAUACUUCAAAGCAAACCAAUCUUAGUAAGACUCUUUAUCCUAAGCUGUGUAAUUUUGGUUUCAAGGCAGUCUAUUGUAUCCGUCCAAAGUGUUAAAUGUAGCUGUCAGUUUCAUUCUUCUACAUCCUGCCUUCGUGGGAACAGAAAGUGGCUUCCAUGAAGAAAUCUGAGUCAUGGAGAUCCAUUUAAGGUAUUAUUGGCAAGCACAACACAAGAUCUUUCAGGAAAAAUAUUUUUAAAACCCUAGAUUUCAUCAAGAACUGGUGAAGUGAACUUGCAAGUGUGAUUUUUAUUUUUUUUUUAUUUUUUUUUUCAAUUUAUUUCUUUUAAAGCAUCCAGGGACUACUGUGUUUUUCCUCUGGAAUUGCGGGUAUAGAUUCAUUGCAGUCCAUCUGUGCUUUUAUGGUAUUCACCUCCUAGAAUUUGACCCUGAGAUGAGCUUGCAGUAAUCAGUAAAUACUACCUUACAACAUAAUAAAAGCUUGAAGACCACAGUAUUAACCCUUUUAUCUUGGUUAUGGUAAAGAAGCAGAAUAUUGCUUCUGACAACCCCCCUACCUGCCCCUCCCCCCUCUCUCCUCCCAAAAAAGACAACUGUUUUCCAGAUGGAAAAGCAGGAAUGAGACUUGAGAGGUCUCAGUAUUGAAAAUGUGUCAAAUAAAACCAAGAUUAAGCAAUAAUUCUGUUCAACCAAAUUGAAACUGGAAAUACUGUUCAAAGAUGAAGCACAGACACUGGGAUCGUCUUUGACCCUUGAAAAAGGUAAGAUAUUUCUGAUCAACAGUUCAGAAAAGGAGGAAUACUGGGAAUAGGUUUACCUUACACAGUAGAUAAUGAAGUAUGAGAUGAAUUUGAUUGACCUCUCUUCCUAAUUUUUCUGCUCCAAAUACUUUACAAUACUACACAAUGGAAGAAAUGUCAGUACGACAGGUUCUGGGGAGCUUAAUCUGGUCAGCUGGAGGGUUCAACAGACUCAAAACAUGUUUAUUCUUGAGAAGUGGUUCACCAGAGAACUCUCCAAGAGCACAGGCAAAAAGUGGUGGUAAAAUCCUUGGCAACAGCAGCCACAGAAACUGAACAAGUGAAGAGGUUUUGUCUAACAUAAUUGUCUCAGCUAAACUGAUUAGGAAUUUUGUUGGUGAAUCCUAUCAAGAUACCAUAAAAUCAGUUGCUAUAUCCAGUCACAGGAUGCAAUUUAUAAUCUUGAUAUUAAACCACCACAGGAGUUUGGAAAUAAGAGUCUACCAUGAUGUGGUUCUUUAUUAUAGGCAUUUUCAUUGAAGUAUACCUUUAUUUUGUAUUUUGUAGUUACAGGUGAGUGGAUUUAUAAUUUUGAAUAAAUUGCAUUUGAACAACAAGGACGUUAUUUGGAACAGGAUGUGUACUGUAGCAAAAUUUCAGUGAGCAUUACCCUGUAGAGAACUAUAAUUCAGCUAAUCACAUUUGCUAUAUGAAAGUAUUUCUUCUCAGAAAUACAAACUGUCAGAAAACUGUCUUUAUUUUUGGAGGUAUUGGGGUGACCUUGGCCUGUUGCAUCACUAGAAUUACACUUCCCUUUUUUCUCAUUCACCAAGAAUAUGCUUUUUCUGAAUAGUUUUGAACAGAUACAACUUGGCUACUGGAAAUGAAGGAUUACACAUUUUCUGGUACAAGGUGUUACUAUAAAAGGCUGUAGUCAAAUCAAGGAAGGAGUUAAUUUUUCAUGGUUAUUUUGGAAAUCUAUUGCAAGAGUUAUGUUGCUUGCUUUACAGAACUUUA